AUUGGGUCGGAUGACGUGGGCUGUCUUCUUCGUUUGGGAAAGCAGGCUUCUUUCUCCUGUCCUGUGUAUCCCUCUCUCAGCCUCACUUGAACUCUCAUCACCGCCGGAAGAGGCAAACCCAGACGCUGUUAGCGGCGGAAGGAAUACCAUCACCGGGUUAAGGACUUGCAAGAGAAAGUCUGGGAAGCCAAUAAAGUACAGUAACCACCAUGGUUCUCCACGGGGAACUGGCUUCUUGCAGACUUGUUGCUAUGAGAAUGUAUAUCUGGCAGUUUCCAGUCAGACGCAACAAAAUGAUGUUCUUCAAAGAUUUUUUCGCUUUCCAGGAAGCAAAUCAUUGGAACAGUUGAUGAUUACGUUGAAGAGUUGUGCUUCUGAUUGGUUUUGUUUGCCACAUGGAGGACCAUACAUUUGUUGUCGGUCAAGAGUUCCCUGAUGUCAAGGCCUUUAGGAAUGCAAUUAAAGAAGCUGCAAUUGCACAACACUUUGAGCUUCGCAUCAUAAAAAGUGACCUUAUCCGCUACUUUGCAAAGUGUGCAACUGAUGGCUGUCCAUGGCGUAUCCGGGCUGUGAAGCUUCCUAAUGCCCCAACCUUUACAAUAAGAAGCCUUGAAGGGACGCACACUUGUGGGAGAAAUGCACACAAUGGGCACCAUCAGGCUUCCGUUGAUUGGAUUGUCAGUUUUAUAGAAGAACGCCUGCGGGGUAACAUCAAUUACAAACCAAAGGAUAUAUUGCACGACAUCCAUAAGCAAUAUGGGAUUACUAUACCAUAUAAGCAAGCUUGGCGUGCAAAAGAAAGAGGACUUGCCGCAAUUUAUGGUUCUUCUGAGGAAGCGUAUUGCCUUCUUCCUUCAUACUGCGAACAAAUAAAGAAGACCAACCCUGGAAGCAUUGCAGAGGUAUUUACCACUGGUAUAGAUCACCGUUUCCACCGGUUGUUUGUGUCCUUUCAUGCGUCCAUUUAUGGAUUUCUGAAUGGUUGCUUGCCUAUCAUUGGUCUGGGCGGAGUUCAGCUAAAAAGUAAAUAUCUUGGUACUUUACUCUCUGCAACUUCGUUUGAUGCGGAUGGUGGAUUAUUUCCACUUGCAUAUGGUGUUGUUGAUGUAGAAAAUGAUGAAAGCUGGAUGUGGUUCCUGUCAGAGUUGCAUAAGGCACUAGAGAUGAACAGUGAGAAUAUGCCGGAGCUCACAUUUUUAUCUGAUGGACAUAAGGGAAUUGCAGAUGCAGUAAGAAGGAAGUUCCCAAAUUCUUUAAAUGCUUUUUGCAUGCGCCACUUGAGUGAAAGCAUUGGAAAAGAGUUCAAGAACUCAAGGCUUGUUCAUCUUCUAUGGAAUGCUGCUUAUGCCACUACCACUAUUGGCUUUAAAGAAAAGAUGGUUGAAAUAGAGGAGGCAUCUCCGGAAGCUGCAAAAUGGCUACAACAAUUUCAUCCUUCCUGCUGGGCAUUGGUGUAUUUUGAAGGAACACGUUAUGGUCAUCUCUCAUCAAAUAUUGAGGAGUUUAAUAGAUGGAUUCUUGAAGCUCGUGAGCUACCCAUAAUCCAAGUGAUUGAGACAAUUCAUAUUAGAUUGAUGGCUGAGUUUGAAGAACGGCGUUUGAAGAGUAAUUCGUGGGUUUCUGUACUUUCUCCAUCUGCGGAGAAGCGUAUCAUAGAAGCCAUCAGCCAUGCAUCCACAUAUCAGGUCCUUCGGUCUGAUCAAGUAGAAUUUGAGGUUCUUUCACCAGAUCGAUCAGACAUUGUGAAUAUUGGCACCCAUUGUUGUUCCUGCCGUGAUUGGCAGCUAUAUGGGAUACCAUGUUCCCACGCUGUGGCUGCCCUCAUCUCCUGUCGAAAAGAUGUACAUGCCUUUACACAGAAAGUUUUUACAGUUGCAAGUUACCGCGAGGCAUAUGCUCAGGAGAUAUACCCUAUCCCAGGAAAAAUUGAAUGGAGAAAGACAGAUGAGGCUUCUAUGGAUGAUGAUAUCCAGGUCGUGCGACCUCCCAAGUUUCGUAGACAGCCAGGACGACCGGAAAAGAAACGAAUUUGUUUAGAGGACCUGAAUCGCGAGAAACAUACUGUCCAUUGUAGCCGGUGUAACCAAACUGGACAUUAUAAGACAACUUGCAAAGCAGAGGGUAUUGAAAGUAUCGAACAGUUCUAGGUGUCUAAUUUUGUGUUCUAGAGAUCUCCUGAGCGUUUACUGUUACCUCAACGUAGGUUAGUAUCGUGUGAUUUCGACCAUACAAGUUGUUCAGAUGAUGUAAAUUAGAAUUUGUCCACUGUAUUACUAGGUGUCUGAGUAAUUCGAAGGAACUUCUGAAAAUGGAAGAUGUAUCUUCUGUAAUGAGCAGCAGUUUUUCGUUUC